CUACAAAGGCGGGCCCUUUCUCCCAAAACCGGAGCAUAUCCCCACCCAAACCCACCUCGCAUCACCAUUCAGCAGGCCAGUGCCCCAAGCAACCUUCCCCUCCUCCUCCUCCCCGAGCUCCCUCGUUCCCUCCACUACCCCGCACGCGCCGCCGCCACCAACCCAAGAAGCUCCCUCUCAUCUUCACCCUUCCUUCUUCCUCCUCUCUCUACAGGCACAAGAGUAGGUGCCGCGCAGGCCGGCAUCGAGAUUCGAGACCGGCCAUGUCGGCGUCGCCCGAGUUCUACAAGCCGGCGCCGGCCUUCUCGCCGUGCCGCUCGCCGCUGACCCCGCACAGAGACGCCGCCGCAACAGCGGGCGGGGUAGCGGCGGGAGUAGGCCAGCAGGCGGGCGCGUGGGAGGAGCAGUGCUGCCGGACGCCGACGGGCGCGGGGAGCGAUCUGAAGCAGGCGGCCCCGACGUGCCCGCCGGCGCCGAGGAAGCCGCGGGCGCCGGCCGCGCCGUGCCGGAAGCGGCUGUUCGAGGUGGAGGUGUUCAGCCUGCGGCUGGAGGAGCUGGAGCGCCUCUUCUGGCGCCCGCACGCGCCGCCGCCGCCGCCCGAGAAGAAGGCCAAGCUCAAGCGCCGCAGGGUGGCUCCGCCGAGCGCCUCGCCGUCGCCGGGGCCCAGCAAGAGCUAGCCGCCGCCCUCCUGCUCGCCUCCAGGCCAAGCCGUUUUGGCCUGCCGGUGCUAGUCGCGGUAGCCAGCCGGUGUAAGAUUUGCUAGUACCGCGUUUUUACUGCUGUACUCGUGCUCUAUGCUGCUGCUACUACUACUAGCUGCUGCCUAUGUUAGUACGUAUUACUCGAUUAGUUCAGUUCGUGGCACCCAUAGCCAUAGCUAGGUAGUGGUAGUAGUGGUAGUAGAAGAAGCAGUACUUCUUGCUUUUUACUACUGUACCUGAUACGCCGUAGCACUGUGGUCAGUGGAGCAAUGGUAAACUUGUAAUAGGUCAAAUUUCCUUCGAUGGUGUAAUAAUAGGUUAAAAUUUCCUUCCAUGGGGUGCAGCCUGUAUAGAUGUGUAACGAGAAGCUCGAUCGCUGCUGUAUCCGCCUACUACUAUGUAUCAGUCUAAGCACUCUCGUUCCCAAUACAAGCACUAGUUAUUUAUUCUUCA